AUGGCCUUAACGGAUAUACAGACUGUGGGAGAAGAUAACGACCCUAAGAAGGGUCUGAACCCCAAAAACAUCAUUUACUAUGAACACGCGCAGCAUCAACAUCAUUACGAUCAUGAAGAGGAGGAGCCUCAUGGCUGGGGUCCUUGGUCGAGGAGUCUAUUCCCUGAUGAAGAAAUCGAGGUUGACCCAAGCGAACCCUCCCCCUAUCACGCUCAAGAGAAACAACCCCUUAUAUACAACCGCCCCUAUGUAAAACGAUCGUAG